CACUGGAACGUUCCUUCUUGCUUUCACUAACUUUCAAAUAUAUAUCUAUUUCAUUUUAAGUGCACACUAAUUCAGGGAAUUCAGGAACAGAAAACAAACGGCUAGUGUCGUAGCUGGAAAGCACCCACUAUAAACUCUACCCCAACCCUACCCAAUAAAAUUUUAGGGUAGAGGCUAAAUGGGGUUCGAUCACGGCAUGACACUGCUUAUACUUCGCUAUGUUUUUACACGUCCCUCGAAUGUCUCCUUACGAUCAAAAAAUCCGCAAGAGGCGCUAGUUCCUACCUGCAUCCUUUGAUUUGACCGAUUUGGCUGACGCAUAGACCUGCUAAACAUUAAAACGAUUAAAACUGUUAGAAAGUUUUAUUCGGUCUUAUAAGAUUAAAUUGUGUUUUUUGAACCUGCAUUUUCUAGUAAAACAAUAACUUUCAAAUCGGUUGUAAGCGUUGUAAGGAUGCAGGUCGACUUAUGCGCCACCAAGCGGCUUAAUGUUCCCGUGAGACAAAAUCUAGACGCGUAAAUUUUAGCAGUGUCACCCCCAUGGGUUCGAUGGAAACGAUCGAGGUUACUAUCGCGUUGCCAACAGAAUGAAUCCAAAUUGAGUUGCAUUAAACAUGUUGCGUUGCGUUGUGUUGCGUGUUUAUAUGUACUUUUGCUUUAUUAUUUUGGUAUUGUAAAAUUAAUAUUAUAGUUCUUGGAUCCAUUUUAAUGACAUUCAAUUGUGAUAAACAUAUAAUCUUAACUUUAACGUAUAUUAGGAUAUCUUGUAUACAAUUAGUAACAUUCAACCUUGCCGCAACCCUACAUAAUUUUGAUCCGGUGGAAACAGACGAGCUAACCCGAGAGUCCGUUUGAGGUCGCAUACAAGUUUGGACGUGUCCGUCCGUUACUCAUAUUUUUGUACCCGUCGAUUGCAUCACAAUCGGCAACGUAGUUGUUCUCGUGCACAGACUUUUGAUUCGCGGUGUGACCGGCGUGCGAGGUGGACGUGAUUCAAGCGUGGCGUUUCUCUCACAAGUCGUAUCGAGUGAUUCAGAUAGUUUCAUCUCCUUUUACGCGCAGCGUAGCAUUACGUUAGUCUUGUCUUGCCCGUCUUUUCUCGUGUGGGCGUAAUCCGGUAACGCGAAUCUCCGUGCGUACUAUAACGGUCGUUCGUGUCUGGCACGGUCAUGAAUGUCGAGGCUUCGGCCUCGUCAGGGAAGAGGGGUCUUCCUCCCGAGCGGAGUCCUCCUUUCUCCUCUCUCAUUUCCCAAAUCAGUAAUCCCCAAGGGGGGACAGUUUCGAUCGAGUGCUUUUCCGACAAGGGAGAUAGCGAAUGCGAUUUCACUCAAGAUCCUUCUAUGGACUUCGACAGUGACAAUGACGAAAUCAUGAAUGCCAUUGCAUCAACCACGCCGAACAUAACAACCAACGGAACCACCGCUCUUCCUCAUGGUGAUUUCAUGGAAGCCAACAAUUCUGUUAAUUUGAAAAAAGGCCCGCAUAAGAGAUCCUGCAGUCAUACGGAACAAAUUUUGGCCCCAGGUAAGGAGGCCGAAAGCCUCGCCAAGUCAAGAAAAGUCGAGACCAAGGGAAGCAAUAAGGGCACCAACACUAAAUCAUCGGGCAGCAGUAAAUCUUCUCGUAAAGUCCAUAACCUCACUUAUUCACCUGAAGACUUCGGCCCCUUCAUAGUGUACAUUUAUGCAAUUCCGAGCGAAUCAAACUAUGUGACACCACAUCAUCUCACUAUGGCGAGAAUUAUCACCAAUGUCGCCGGAAAUGUUUUGGAAAUAAAAAGUAUUGGCAGAGGCAAAUCCUUGGUCGUGUUAAAAUCUGCACAAGCGGCCAACAAUCUAAUUUCUUCUCUCUUUUUAAAGCAGUUACAAUAUAAAGCUUUUAUUCCAUCAUACCUAACCUCUAGGUCGGGCGUUAUUCGUGGCAUCACCACAGAUUACAGCGAGCUAUUCCUAGAAGACAACAUUCGCUCAAGCAACAAAAUUCUAAAAGUCAUAAGAUUGAAUCGCAAGAUUACUGUUGACGGCAAAACAAAAGUUGUUCCCUCCAGCAUCAUUCGUGUAAUAUUUGAAGGAAAAGCCUUUCCUGCUUAUGUUUCUCCGUUCCAUGUCAGAUUCAAGGUGGACACAUACAUUCCCGCACCAGCAUUUGCUUUAAUUGUUAUAGAUCGGGACACAUUAGCAAAGCUUGUAAAGGAGCUGCUCGCUGUCUAUAUUGCAGAAAAGAGAAACACAACGAAUCUGAAGCGUGCAAUUACAGAAAAAAUUCGGCCUUCUGCAUCAACUGCAAAGGCUCUCAUUUGCUACCUCGACCAACUGUCCACAUGCUGAAUUUCAAAAACGUGUCGACUUUAGCCGCUGUUGAAAACAUUCCUUCCAUUGAGGCUCGUAAAAAAUUAAAGUCUAAUAUUAAUAACUUCUCAAGUCUCACCUCUCUCUCCAGCGAUAGACACCGUCUCAAAGACUUUUCUUCCCUGUCUCAAGCGAAUUCUGGCUCAUCAACUCUCAGUAACUCUGCUCAAUUUUACAGCCAAAAUCCUUUCAGCUCGCUGAGUUCCUGGGAGGAUUCUGAAUCUUCAUCAUACGGCAGAACUUAUGCCUAUGCUUUGGGAUCAAGCAAUGAGCCUGGUCGAAAAUAUACAUCCCAAUCAGGAGUACGCCUUGUGGAUCGCAGGGUUCAGGACAUUAACAACGAAGCUCACAGUUAUUUCAGUCACGGUCGCAAGGACACUGGGAAAACAGACACGAGACACUCUACGCAUACAAUUCAUAAUGAAAACUUGGUCGCGCCCAACGGACGGCUAACUUCUCCGGAAAUAGAAUAGCUAUCAGAAACUCAGGCACCCCUCUCAGAGGACGCCAGCAGCUGUCUGGGCCGAUCUAUUCCGUCUUCAACAGUCUUAUGCGUACAUGUUGGUCUUGGGCGAUAUAAAUGCACACCACGGUUUCUGUCAUUGUAACUUUGAAGACAGCGCAGGACAAGUCUAAGGGCGCAAACAUUAUUGAUUUAAGCAUCGCUUCUUCACAGUUAGCGGUGCUCCUCUAGGGUCGGGGGCGACUGCUCGGGCAGCGACCACUUCCCGAUCUAUGUUGAGCACACAAAGGAAUCAGUGGCAACGAGGUAGCUGACCAAGUAGCAAAGAAAGCGGCUCGCAACGAGAACAGAGUCCAUUUCCAAACACCGCACUCAGACUUCUUUAUUGAAGCUUCCAAAGUCAAGAACCAAAAAAAU